AUGCCAACUCACCUCGAUGAAGUUCGCAGGGCUUGGGAAAUUCUCAAUGAGAAUAGCAGCAGCACUAGCGUGGUGACCUUGGAUGGAGAGCCGGAAUCAUUGCAGAUGGCCCAUAUUGUUGCCGUGGCAAGGUUCUCAGUGGAUGCUUCCAUUCUGCAGUCCGAUCCCAUUGUGACGCGUGUCCAGGAAAGUAUUGCCACAUUGGACAUGCAUUUGAAUAACGGAGAGAUUAUCUACGGGGUGAAUACUGGUUGUGGUGGCAAUGCAAACACACGCACGAGAAAACUUGAUUUGCUCCAGAAAGCCUUCCUGCAGCAUCACCAAGCAGGCAUACUAACCUCACUGCCUGAGAAUUGGAAUAGUUCGUACACUAUGCCCCACGACGCUAAUCACCACGCCCUGCCGCGAGAGUUUGUGCGCGGUGCAAUGCUCCUACGAUGCAACUCCCUGCUUCGGGGGCAUUCUGCUGUCAGAAUGGAGGUUAUCGAGCUCUUGAUCCAGGCCCUCAAUAUGGGCAUUACCCCGCUCAUUCCUGCUCGAGGUAGUAUUUCGGCCUCUGGGGAUCUAACACCUCUUGCCUAUCUUGGUGGAUUGGUUGAGGGUAACCCCGACAUCUUUGUGCAGGUGGGACAGAAAGGCCCCAGCAAUGGGGAAAUAGGAAAAGAGGUUGAGGUGAUGUCAGCUGCAAAUGCGCUGCGUCGAGCCAAUAUCACACCUCUGACUUUGAGGGCAAAGGAAGGCCUCGGCGUCAUGAAUGGAACUUCACCGAGUGCUGCGGCUGCGGCGCUCACGUUACAUGAUGUCAACAACAUCACUGUUUUGACCCAGGUCCUCACCGCAAUGGCUACAGAGGCACUUCUAGGAUCAGUCGACAAUUAUGAUGACUUUGUCUCGCAGUGUCGGCCACACCUGGGGCAGAUAGAAGUGGCCCGCAAUAUUCGCGGGUUUUUGGCUGAAACCAUGUUAGCUGAAAGGACGCACGUUCAUAGGCAAGGUCUUGCUCAAGAUCGAUACGCUUUGCGUACCGCACCCCAGUGGCUUGGGCCUGUGACCGAAGAUCUCUUAUUGGCCAAUCGGCAGAUCACCAUUGAGUUAAACUCAACAACCGAUAACCCACUGAUCGAUGUAGCAGGAGAUCGUUUCCAUCAUGGUGGGAAUUUCCAAGCUGCGUCUGUUACGAGCGCCAUGGAAAAGGCCAAAACAGCACUAGUGAUGAUUGGUAGGCUUCUUGUCUCACAGUGCCAGGAAAUUAUCAAUCCCAAUCUCAACAAAGGAUUGCCGCCUAAUCUCUGUUUCGAUGAUCCCAAUACCUCGUUUACGUGCAAGGGUAUCGACAUCAAUAUGACGGCCUACUUCUCUGAACUAGCAUUUCUGAGCAAUUCCGUUGUAAGUCAUGUGCAUGUUGCGGACUUAAACAACCAGUCAGUCAACUCGCUGGCUCUGAUCGCAUGUCGAUAUGCAAAGGAAGGUGUCGACAUUGUGACCAUGAUGUGUGCAGCUCAUCUCUACGUUAUGUGCCAAGCACUCGAUCUACGAGCCAUGACUCUAGACUUCUUGGCCACUGCAAAGGUAUCUCUCCGCGCCCUCUACCAAGAAGUAUGGCUUGCUGGGGGGACCCCCAGUUUUGAUAAGUUGUGGGUCGCUAUCACUGAAUCAUGGGAUGCGCAUAAUGACUCCGAUACGAUUGAGACCCGGUGCGAGAAAGUUGCAGCGGACUCAGCCCAUUGGUCCAUCGAUCAGCUAACAAUUUCCGAAUCAUCCUUGUCUUUCGAUUCACUGAAAUUAUUUCCAAGAUGGAGGGCUAGGGUUGCAUCUCUUUUGAAGAAGGCGCAUGAGGAAACUCGCUACCGAUUCCUCAUUAAACAAUCGACUCCUCAAUACUUGGCCGUAUCGACGAAGGAACUUUAUCUCUGGGUGCGUCAAACUCUGCAUGUUCCACUGCAUCAAGGCCUUGUGGACGAUCCCGGAGAUGACGAAGAUGCAAAGGAUAAUAAGACAAUUGGCACGAGAGUUUCAGCAAUCUAUACCGCCAUUCGUGAUGGAAGAUCGAUAGAACCACUACAGAGGGCAACCAAGAUGGCAUUUUAG